GGCGCCGGGCGCUGAUUCAUUGCAAUAAAGCGGCGGCGGAGCGGCGCGGCGGGGCCAUCGCCGCCGGAGCAGGAGCAGGAGCAGGAGCAGGAGCAGGAGCAGGGCCGGGAGCCGCCGCCGGAGCCGGGGCCGCCCGGGGAGGAUGAAGAUGCAGGCCGAGGUGAUCCGCGAGGGCGAGCUGGAGAAGCGCAGCGACAGCCUCUUCCAGCUGUGGAAGAAGAAGCUGGUGGUGCUCACCGAGGACAGCCUGAGCCUCUUCCCCGACGGGCACAGGCGGGCCAAGGGCAAGGAGCUGGGCUUCGGCUCCAUCCUCAAGGUGGACUGCGUGGAGCGCACGGGCAAGUACAUCUACUUCACCAUCGUCACCACGGACCGCAAGGAGAUGGACUUUCGCUGCGCCGACCAGAGCUGCUGGAACGCCUCCAUCACCAUGGCGCUCAUCGCCUUCCAGAACCGCCGCGCCAUCCAGCACUUCCGCAGCCGCCAGCCGCCGCCGCCGCCGCCGCCGCCCGGCGCCCCGGAGCGGCGCCUGCCGCGGGCGCCCUGACCGCCCGACCGCACCGCUGGCUGAUACCCAGAGCGAGCGCCUCGGCCUGCGAGGGGACAGGGUGCCCAUGAAGGAGAGCGAAGACGAAAGCUGGGAGCAGCUCAGUUCUCUCCGAGCCCGGGGAGGCUGCCGAGCCAAGAGCCCCGGGCUUCGCCCGAGAUACACUUAAAAAAAAGGAGGAAAAAAAAAAAAAAAAAAAAAAGAAACCAAAGACUUCCGCACGGACUUCUAGCGAAGCGCCCACGUGCUGCGAGUGGCGCGGCUUUGCCAGCCGCUCUCCUAUUUAUGAGACGCGAGGAAGAUGCAACACUGACUGGUGGUGUUGGAAAGGGUUUAAAUUAUUUGUCGUAUCUAUAUUUGUAUUUAUUUUGAUGAAUGUCUUUCAGCUGUUAUUAGUCUUAAUAUUGCUUUUACGUUAAUAUGUCCAUUCCAAAUAAAUUACUUGAAGUGUUCACUUUUUAUUACUACA